AUGAGCAAUAUAACAAAUAAAACUACACCAACGAUCGAGAUGUUAUUGAGCAAUGACCUAGGUCUCAUCAUAUUUAUGGAAAUACUGGGUUUCAUCACUUUAGUAACCAAUUCUGUCUUAGCCUAUCUUAUAUUAUCACGGCGACGUCUACGUGCAAUUAAUCAUAACAGCAUCAUUGCUAGCAUGUGCUUUGGUUGCAUCAUCUUUGCUAUCUUUUACUGUCUCCUUUUUCCAUUUAAUAUCAUUUCCAAGGCAUCGGUCAAUAUUUUUUGCCCUUUAUUUGGUCCAUUCCGAAAUUUUUGCCUAGUUAUUCUUAACCUUCAUUUAUGUCUCGUUGGUAUUGAAAAGUAUUUAUUAAUUACCUAUCCUUUAACGGUUAAAUUAACACGGAAGACUGUCUUAAUCAUUGUUACCGGAAUAUGGAUAAGUGGAUUUACAAUAUCAUUUCUACCUAUUUUCACCUAUCGCCCCUAUAAUCCAAAGAUUUUUAAUGGUUGCGUUCGCAUCGCUUAUAACCAAAUUAACAAAGAGAUAGCCUAUUUUAUCAUCUUUCAAAUCAUCAUCUUUGUUGUACCUUUAAUGAUCAUGUUGUAUUGCUACGGUUAUAUUAGCAUCCUUGCUUUUCGCCAUAUUCGAAAUAUUGAUCGCAACUACUAUGUAUCCAAUGAGGUUAAUAAUGAUGUUCGCUUACGUAAGAAAAAUAUACGUGCAGCCAAGCCCUUUAUUGUUAUGGUUGGUACUUUUCUACUAACGUGGUUACCAACCAUAAUAUUCAACACGAUGGUACUUAUCAUUCCUUCUACUAUUGGACAGAAUAAUUCCUUUAUGCGAAACUUUGUAGCAUCGCUAAAUACGUUUAACGUUCAGGUUCUACGCAGUAUCGCUUUCUCCUAUUGUGCUGUUAAUCCAUUAAUCUACGGUUAUUUUAAUCCUGAAAUUAGGAGAGCAUUCUAUUUGUUUCUCGGCUGUAAAGCAGCUGCUGCCAACAUCGCCAAUCCAACAUCUUACGCAUAUAGCAUAAAUCAAGCGUAA